AUGCUUCGACUUUCGAAAUUCCCGCUCCUGUCAAGUCUCGCGAGAUCUGAGACCGCGAGAUCUCAGCAUCCAAGAUGGCAGCCUCCUGUAACAAAACAAGGACACCACCACAUCAUGUUGUUUUUCCUGGUGAUAGUUCUAUCAGGGGUUCUUCAUACAACAGAAGCCAAAUCCAAGUCUAUUGUGGCCACGUUAGAUGCAAAAUGGAGGAACACUCCAUUGUUACUGGAAGCCAGUGAGUUCCUUGCUCAGGAAAGUAAUGAUGCAUUCUGGGGUUUUGCCAACAAAGUUGCAGAGGUCGACCCAGAGCAGAUAAAAUCGCAGUCAGACCACUCGUACCACCAUUACAUCCAGAAGCUGACUCGAGGGUUCCUGUCUGAGGCUCAGGUCAAAGUGCUGCGCUUCACACUGGCUCUGCGGGCUCACUCCCCCACUGUGGAGAUGUUUGCUCAUUUGGUAGAGGACCUCCCAUCUAUCCCAGACUGCCCUGCUUUUGUAGAUGUGCACAAUGAGAUGACCUGUGACCCCAGCAAGGUCAAGGGCAUGGUGGACAGCGCUUCAGGAAGACAAAGACCUUACCUGUACAAGGUAGAUCACCAGUACCCCGGUGCCUCGCCUGACGUACCUGUAGUCAUCCUGUAUGCAGAACUGGGAACUCAGGGCUUCAAGGACUUCCACUCCGUCUUACAAGACAUGGCAGACAAGGGGGACAUCAACUAUGUCUUAAGGCACUACAUCAAGGUGCGACCAGACAGGAAAGUUCGUCUGUCAGGUUACGGAGUGGAGCUGGCCAUCAAGAGUACAGAGUAUAAGGCUGUGGACGACAGUAAAGUACAAGGUGAUGCUCCGGGUGUGGAAGUGGAGGCUGAAGGUGAAGAUGAAGUAGAGGGUUUCAUCUUUAAGAAACUCAGACAGCUGUAUCCAGAUCUGAAGGAGAAACUGAAGACGUUCCGUUCCUACCUGAUCGAGAGCACCAAUGAGAUGGCUCCUCUGAAGGUGUGGCAGAUCCAGGAUCUGAGUUUCCAGGCCGCCCAGCGUAUUGUGUCCUCAGCUCCACAGGAUGCACUGCGGGUGAUGAGGGACGUCAGUCAGAACUUCCCUACUCAGGCCAGGUCCCUGGUAAGAACCCAAGUUCAAGAUGAAGUCAGGAAGGAGAUACAAGACAACCAAAAGGUGUUUUCAGAAACCCUAGACCUGAGUGCUGGAGAAUCAGCUCUGCUAAUCAAUGGAUUACUCAUAGACCUGGACAUUGUGGACCCUUUCCUACUGUUAGACACCAUCAAGAACGAGGUAAAACUGAUGGAGGGACUGUGGUCACUAGGGAUCAGGGAAGACAACCUGAAGUCCCUACUGUACCUGCCUGUGGACUCAGAGGUGGACAACUAUGCCAUAGAUAUCAGGGACCAUGCUGUACAUUGGAUAAACGACCUUGAGACAGACUACCAGUACAAGAGCUGGCCGUCUAACCUGCAGGAGUUACUGAGACCCAUGUUCCCGGGCAUGCUCAGGCACAUCCGCAAGAACAUGUACCACAUGGUAUUUUUCCUGGACCCUCUGUCCAAGGAGGCAGGAGAGCUGGUCAAACUGGCUGACCUGUUCUACAGGAACCAGGCUCCAGUCAGGAUUGGCCUGGUGUUUGUAGUGAAUGAUGAGAAGGAGGUGGAAGGUCAGGAUGAUGUGGGCGUGGCUCUGAUCCGAGCCUACAACUUCAUCCAGCAGGACCAGGGCAGUGACAAGGCCUUCCUCUGGCUCAACUCUGUCUACACUCUGGCCAGAAACAAGGACAGUCUGUUGGAGCUGGAUCACAUCAAGGAGAAGUUCCGCAGGAAAUAUCCGGGAGACGACAUCGCUGAUGUCAUCGCUGCUGAUACUGACUAUGACGACAAGAGAAGGGCAGGUAAACAGUACUACCAGAGAACAGGGCUGGGUCCGCUGCCACAGGUCCUGAUGAACGGAGUCCCCUUCACAGAGGAAGAGAUUUCUCCAGAGAACUUUGAGGAGUCAGUGGUCAGCAAGAUCCUGACCAUCACACCUGACAUGCAGAGAGCUGUGUACAUGGGUGAGCUGACUAACUCCAUGAACCUGAUGGAGUGGCUGAUGGACCGACCCAACGUCAUGCCUCGCCUCAAUCCCAGGGUCCUUAGCACCAAGAAGAGGACCCUGGACCUCACAACUCAGCCUGGCCCAGCUCCCCUUGCGGAUUCAGCUGCCUUCUCCAGACUGAGCUCCAACCAGAUGGCAGCAACUCUGGCCAACAACAUGAAAUACCUCACUAAGAAAGAUGAGUCUGUAACCCGCCCAGUGACCAUGUGGGUGGUGUGUGACAUGGAGUCCACAGAGGGGAGACAACUUCUGUAUGAUGCCAUCAAACACAUGAAAUCCAGUAACACAGUGAGGAUCGGUGUUCUCCACAACCCGAGCAGCCCGCCCCAGGACGGGAGCCAGACCUUCGCCCGCGCUGCCCAGACUGCUCUGGACACACAGACCAUGACUCUGGCCAAAAACUUCAUCACCAAACUGGCUAAGGAGGAGAAUGUGCCACUGGUGCAGGGGGGCAAACUGGCAGAACUCUACGUUAACGGUAUGGACACGGCUAAGUUUGAGGCAGCCCUGAAGAAGGAGCAGAAGAAGCAGACAGGCCUGCUGACCUCUCACUGGACGUUUGUGAAGAACACACUAAAGGUCAAGCCUGGACAGAGGGCCAUUGUGGCCAAUGGGAUGAUUAUUGGUCCACUGGAUCCUUCUGAGACCUUUGACCCUGAUGACUUUGGUCUGCUGGAGAAGUUUGUCAAGAGUCUGGCAGCUGACAACGUCGCUCAGAAGAUUAAAGACAUGGAGCUCAAACUGAAGAAUGAUGGGCUGAAUGACCUUGUAAUGAAGGCUUCAGGUCUGCUCAUGGCCAACCAGAGGUCAGACUCCAGAAGGGAGGUCACCUACAGUUCUGACCAACACAGUGCUGUGAAGAUCCCUGGUGACCCCAAUGAGGCUGCGUUUGACAUCAUAGCUGUGGUGGAUCCAACAACUAGAGAUGCACAGAGACUGGCUCCUAUUCUUAUCGUCCUGCAGCAGGUGGUGAAUGCUAACCUGAAGGUGUUCAUGAACUCUCGGGACAAACUUUCAGAGAUGCCGCUCAAGAGCUUCUACAGAUAUGUGCUGGAACCGGAGGUGGGCUUCAUGGUCAACACUAGUUUCAGCCCAGGUCCCAGUGCCAAGUUUGUAGACAUGCCAGACAGUACCCUGUUCACAUUAAACAUGAAGCCACCGGAGAGCUGGCUGAUUGAGUCGGUCAGGACCCCGUAUGAUCUGGAUAACAUCAGGUUAGAAGACGUGGUGCCUGGGACUACCAUCAACGCUGAGUAUGAGCUGGAGUAUCUACUGUUGGAAGGUCACUGCUAUGAUGCGAUGUCCGGCCAGCCCCCGCGAGGUCUACAGUUCACCCUGGGGACUCACAACACUCCUGUCAUGGUGGACACUAUUGUUAUGGCAAACCUGGGUUACUUCCAGCUGAAGGCUAACCCUGGUGCGUGGCUGCUGCGCAUGCGUGCAGGGCGGUCAGAGGAGAUCUACCAGAUCACGAGUCACGACGGCACCGACACCCCGGCCGGGUCUGAGGACGUCACCGUCAUCAUGGACAGCUUCAAGAGCAAGAUUAUCAAGAUCAAGGUGAACAAGAAACCAGACAAGCUACAGGAGGAUCUGCUGUCAGACGAGGGAGAGAGUGGGGGAGGGAUCUGGGACUCCAUAUCAAGUUUGACAGGAGGAGGUAAGAAGACAACUGAUGACUCAGAUGAGGAGGACGUCAUCAACAUCUUCUCUGUUGCCUCUGGUCACCUGUAUGAGAGGCUGCUCAGAAUCAUGAUGCUGAGUGUUCUGAAACACACCAAGACUCCUGUCAAGUUCUGGUUCCUGAAGAACUACCUCUCUCCUGCAGUCAAGGACUUCCUGCCCCACAUGGCUAAGGAGUAUGGUUUUCAGUACGAGCUGGUUCAGUACAAGUGGCCUCGCUGGCUUCACCAGCAGACUGAGAAACAGCGCAUCAUCUGGGGAUACAAGAUCCUGUUUCUGGACGUACUGUUUCCCCUCAGCGUCAAGAAAAUCAUCUUCGUCGAUGCAGAUCAGAUUGUUCGUACAGACAUUAAGGAGUUACGUGACCUGGACCUGGGCGGGGCUCCCUAUGGUUACACACCCUUCUGUGAUAGCAGGAAGGAGAUGAACGGGUUCAGGUUCUGGAAGUCGGGUUACUGGGCGAGCCACCUUGGCGGCAGGAAGUACCACAUCAGCGCGCUGUACGUCGUCGACCUGAAGAAGUUCCGACGCAUCGCCGCGGGCGACCGGCUCCGAGGACAGUACCAGGGACUGAGUCAGGACCCCAACAGUCUCUCUAACCUCGAUCAGGACCUCCCCAACAACAUGAUCCACCAGGUGGCAAUUAAGUCCCUGCCUCAGGAGUGGCUCUGGUGUGAGACGUGGUGUGACGAUGCCUCGAAAGCAACCGCAAAAACUAUCGACCUGUGCAAUAACCCUCUGACAAAAGAACCAAAGCUGGAGGCAGCGGUGAGAAUAGUUCCAGAGUGGACAGACUACGAUAACGAGAUAAAAACUCUACAGCAGAGAUUAUCAAACGGAGAAACAACUUCACAACCUAAGGAAGAAACAUUACAACAACAAGAGUCUCAAAGACACCAUCACGACCAUGAGUUGUGACGAAAGCUGGUCUUCCACAACUCCAGAGUUCCACAUGUAGUUCUCAUCUUUAAGAUUCACUGUGACAUGUAGGAGGGGUAUUUAAGAUGUACGAUUUAUUCCAGUUAUUAGGGCUGUGUACCAGUACACUGUGCCUGUACCUGUAAAUUUCUUCCGUUACAGGUAGCUUUCAGCCUUAAAGCAACGUCUGACAGUUUUCAAAAUCUGUCCAGUUGCUUAAGCAACUUUUUCCUUGUGUAUUAUUUAGCCAAUUUGGUCAAUUCAGAAAUUUGCCACUCCAACAGGUGGCUACAUGUGUAGCUUACAAAUAGGUGGCCAGGCUUGUUUCCGUACAGUACCAGUUCUUGUAAUUCUCCUAUGUACACAGCCCUAAAUACACUCAUAAAUACAUUGGGAUAUAUUUAUUGCCAACAUUUAGUACUUAGAACAAAACCCAACAUGGCCAAGUGUGACAUAAAGU